AUGUGGGCGGCCGCCUCGGUGGUCGUCACACUCACAAUAACUGUCGACUUGACGACGCCUUCGCCAAGUCGGCAGAUGUCGAGACGCGUCGCCUCUGCCGCCCCCGCCGAUGCGACGCCGCUCGGCCGCGCUCCGAGGGAGCCGCGCGUUGUCCUGGAACGUGUCGAUUUGACGACGCCCUCGCCAGCGAGUCGACACGUUCCAGCGGCAACCACGUCUAGGCCGCCGGAUGAUGAUGAUGGUGAUGGUGGUGCACCAUCCGAGGUGCCACAAGGUUUCGGGCAGAGGAGGGAGGGUAUUAUUACCCCCCCUCCAUCUACGUCUCGCGAAGCUGGGAUCAUGGGCUCCACGCCGAGACCGAAGCGACGCAAACGCGCCUCCGCCACCACUAUCUUACCGAUAUCGCCGCCGCCGCCGCCGCCUGCAGCGGCAAUACCUACGAUCAGGCAUCAGGAAAAUGUGCAUAUUCAAAUGCAGCGUGUCGGGCGUAAAUUGAUUAUGACGCAAACUUCCGAGAGCGUGCAACCGGUUGUAGAUCGUCGGGAACAUAUCGGCGACAGAGCACCAACACCAUCGCUUGUCGCUGGAUCUUCGCGAGAUGUUACCCACGACCUACAACAGGUUGUACGGCUAGAACGUUUGCCCGACGACAACGAAUCUUCUCCCGACGCGACGCCGAGGAGGACACCGAGGAGGUCCGUUAGUUCGGAAUCCUCCAAAUUGGCGAAAUCUUUUUUACGUCGCUAUUGA